GAGAGAGAGACAGAACAACAACCGCGUGUAACACAGUCGCCGGUGCAGGGCGACACCAGCUACACCAGCUGCUGCUGCUGCCGGGGCUGGGUCAUGAUUCACGGCUGCUCGCUGCUCGUGUGGUGGAUCUGUGUGUAUCAGGUGCAGGAGCCGGUUCAGCCAAUCAGAAGCCCGCAAAGCGUUAACCGGGAGGCGUAGUUUAUUUAAACCGGAAGUCAUUUACAUACACGGCGCGAAGUUCGAGCGUGGUGGUGCCGGAGGCGACUUGUUAGUGCAGGGAGACACGGUGUUUUAAUGGAAAGCUUUGUGAAAAAACAAGGCCCCAAGCAUCAUGGCGACAUUGUUUGACGGGAUCAGCCAGCAGCUGGACUUCUCUAGCUGUGGAGAGGAAGGGAGCGGGAGCAGCAGCAGCAGCAGCAGCAGCAGCAGCGACAACAGCUCUGACGACUGCGCCUCCAGGAUUCGAAGUCCCCGAAUCCAAAGUCCUGGCUCUGCCUGCAGGACGCCCAGGGUGCAACGCCACCGCAGCCGAAGCAACACCUUGACUUCCCCCUUGCAGUGCACCAGCCCCAUACCGUAUGCGUCCUGGAGGAAACUGAGGCUCUGUGACUCUCCCAGCACGCCCAAGAGUCUGCUCUCCAAGUCUUCCCACCCUUGCUCCAGCUCUAAGAUAAGUUGCAAUCAGAGGACCCGGCAUUUCGCCUCCACCGCGGCAAACCUCUUCCAGGCACCUGUCAACGUAAAUCCUUUCACCCCUGACACAGUACGCAGGAAUAGUCAACAGCAGCGGAGGAACAGCCGUAGGGGCGGCGGCGAUGAUGAUGAUGAUGACGACGACUAUGGCCACAGGUUGAAACACAGCCUAACGUCAUCCGAGGAGGACGACGAGGCCUUUCUCCCACGAAAGAGGCGAGCUGUUCAAUCCUUCAUGCUGUCGCGUUAUGAGAGCGAGUUCCUGGAGCUGGAGUGCAUCGGCGUGGGCGAGUUCGGGGCCGUUUACAAGUGCGUGAAGAGGCUGGAUGGUUGCCUGUAUGCCAUCAAGCGCUCCCGGAGACCCCUCGCAGGCUCUGCCAAUGAGCAGCUGGCCCUAAAGGAAGUGUAUGCACAUGCUGUUCUUGGGCACCACCCACAUGUCGUCCGCUAUUAUUCAGCUUGGGCGGAGGACGAUCACAUGAUUAUUCAAAAUGAAUACUGUGAUGGUGGAAGCCUCAGCGAUGCCAUUGUGAAUAAGCAGGUGCAGUGUGAGCUGUUUUCAGUGGCAGGGUUGAAAGAUCUGCUCUUACAAGUGUCCAUGGGUCUGAAAUACAUCCACAGCUCAGGCCUAGUCCACAUGGACAUCAAGCCAAGUAAUAUAUUCAUUUGCCAGCGCCCCUGUCCAACCGCCGCAGGUGAGGGGGAGAGUGAGGAGGAAGAUGACCGAGGCACAGGAGUCAUUUUCAAAAUUGGGGAUCUGGGUCAUGUGACAUCAGCUAGCAGUCCACAGGUUGAGGAAGGGGACAGCCGCUUUCUGGCCAGUGAGGUCCUGCAUGAGGAUUACAGCCACCUCCCCAAGGCAGACAUCUUUGCUCUGGGCCUCACGGUGCUGCUGGCAGCUGGGGCUCCCCCUCUGCCUCAAAAUGGAGACGAGUGGCACAGCCUCCGAGAGGGGAAGCUCCCCAAACUGCCACAAGAGCUCUCCCCUCCCUUCAGGAGCCUAAUACAGUUGUUGCUGGAUCCAGACCCGCGAAAGCGGCCGUCUGCCAGGGAGCUUUGCAGGCACUCUGUCUUAAGGGAGGAGAGGACCGGGAGGCUGGCGGCUCAGCUGCGCAGGGAGCUCAACGUAGAGAAGUUCAGGACGGCCAUGCUCGAAAAAGAGCUCCAGGAGGCUCGUCUGGCAGCGUUGUCCCCCAAGCAGAAUCUCCCUCCUGGGCUGAAACCUCCUCCUGCCAAGAUGGGGUCUCUACCCAAAUCAGGGAGGAGACUCAUUGGAAGGAACACGGCACGAUCCAUAAGCUACGAUUUCGCCGGAUACGGAGUCUGAUGGGACAAUGCGAUACCCUUAUUAUUAUUUUUGUCCAUAUGUCAGGACAGGAAGACGGAACCAUGAAGACGAUGCGGGACUAGUUAAGGAAAUGAUGAUCAUGUAGAGGACUGGUGUAAGGUUUGAAAGGAUUAAUCUGCGUCCGACUCAAACGUUUGACUCCCAAGUUAUACAUUUCAACAUCAUGUAACUUCUCAAGACUCAUGUACAUGACAAGUCAAGGUCUUUUUAAAUUUUUUUUAAAACUGUAAAUAAACAUUUUAAGCAUUUUUA